AUGGACGACACCACGAAACUGAACACAUCGAAACUGGGAACCAAACAAUACUGGGACGACUUUUACGCUGUUGAAAAGUCAAAUUUUGAGGAAAAUCCACAAGAUACUGGUGAAUGCUGGUUCGAUGACAGUAAUGCAGAGGAAAAAAUGGUUGACUUUCUGAUGGAGCAUCUCGGACAGUUGAAAAUCGAUAAGACAUCAUCAAUGAUUGAUUUGGGAACCGGCAAUGGUCAUUUACUCUUCCAACUCCAUGAGGAAGGCUUUGAUGGAAAAAUGGUUGGUGUGGAUUACUCGACGAAAUCUGUCGAGUUCGCCAAAGAAAUCCUGCAAACACAAUACCAGGACUCAGCUAACUUUGAGUUUGCAGCGGCAGAUAUUUUUGACCCCAAAUGGCAGCCGUCCAAAUUUGACAUUGUCCUCGACAAGGGCACACUAGAUGCAAUCGCGCUGAGUGGCCUGAAAGCUGACAACGGGGACUCGAUUGUACAAUCGUAUCCAGCAGUAGUUGAGAAACUAAUGGAAAAGGAAAGCAUCUUUUUGAUAACGUCUUGCAAUUUUACAGAAACAGAGCUUAAACAGAUUAUAGAAAAAAAUGGGUCGCUGCAGCUAUGGACCAGUAUCAAGUACCCAGCAAUCAGAUUCGGCGGGCAGAAAGGAUCUACUAUUUGCAGUUUAGCAUUUGUGAAAAGGUAG